AUGGCCACUCCUCCAAUCGCGCCGAACCCGGGAGCUUCGCCAGAAGAUCAGCAUGCGUCGAAAUAUAUCACGGAAACAGCCUUGCCCAAGAACGCCACGUUUCUGUCAGCAGAGCAUUUUGGGCUGAGCGCAUACACCAUUACUGGGAGGCUCAUUGCUGUCGAGCCAGAUGGCACUGAGAAAACGUACUUCCUGAAGGUGGCGUUCGAAGAACAUGGGCGCAUCAUGCUUAACGGCGAAUUUGUGUCGUCCAACAUGAUCUACAAGCUAAUGCCAGACUUCAUUCCUCAACCCUUCGGGUUUGGAACCUAUAAAUGGAAGGAACAAGACGCGUAUUUCAACUUGUCAGAAUUCGUUGACAUGGACGUGACCAAGGAGCCGGAUCCUGCAGAAUUCACCGCUAGGCUAGCCAAGAUGCACAAAUCAAGUCAAUCGCCCACCGGCAAGUUUGGAUUCCCCGUCAAGACGUGCGAUGGUAAAACGGCCCAUACAGUGGACUGGGAAGAGAGCUGGUCAGUUUUCUUCCGCAAACUGUUUCUCGGCGUUUGCAAGCUUGACCUCGAAGCGAAUGGACCCUGGCCUGAACUUGAACGUGCCACGGAACAGGUGGCGAGUAAAGUCAUUCCUCGUCUGCUAGACAACUUGCGGACUCGUGAGGGAGACACAAUCAAGCCGUGUAUUAUCCACGGCGAUCUUUGGGAAGGAAAUAUGGGCGUAAACAACAAAACCGGCGUUACCUUGCUGUUCGAUGCUGGCUCUUACUUUGCGCAUAACGAGAUGGAACUGGGACAUUGGCGGUGCGAAUUUAGCUCCGUGUUCCGAAAGAAAGAGUAUACAGAGCACUACCUCAGAAACUAUCCUGCUGCCCACCCCAUCGACGAGUUUGAUGACCGCAACAGGCUUUAUAGUCUAAAGGGGGCCAUCAACUACUCUGCUGGUCAUCUAGGGAGUAGCUUGAGGAAAACGUAUGGGCCCGAUGAAGUCUAG